CGCAAUCAGGCAGGCUGCAGGUCGGUUCGGGCCUCAUUCAGACCCGCCUGCAGGAGUCGGUGCGCCUCUGAUCCACUGUGUGUCCAGGCUACUGACGCGGCGUCAGCUCCAGCAUCAUCCUCGGCAUUUCUCUUUCACCCCCCGACAAACCCUUCAGGGAGCUUUUAGCAUUUGUUCGGUCUGAGGUCUCUGGAAAACAUCUGAUUCGUUUUUUUUCUAACCAGUCCCAGAUGCGCCGUGCAGCGGGAGAGUGCGUGCGUCUGAGCGCGUCAGUGUGAGUUUUGUCAGCGCAUGAGAAUCAGGAGAGAAGAUCUGCUGUCUGCGGCAGGGGAGGGAAAGAGAGAAGAAGAAAAAGCAGAAGAAGAGGAAGAAGAAGUAACUGGACUUCUUUUUUUAACCAACUUUUUCGGUAUGAACGCAGAUACGUGCGUCUCAUACUGCGACAUGACAUCCAUGGACUCUUAUUACAGCGCUUCUACUGCGCAGAGCAGAGACCACCAGGCAAACCCUUUCAGGACUUUCCAGACCACCGAAACCAAAUACAGCCCCACGUUCAUUCCGGGCAAAGGGUCCCGGAGCCCCUUCCAGACCGAGUGCCAGUCACUGGAUGGAGGCGAGGAGAGCAACUUUAACAAAUACCAAAUCUUCAUGCAGCGACCGACCUGCAAGACUCCGCCCGAAGGCGGCAAGCUGCACCAGGACAGCGGGCACAACGGGACGCUCAUCCCCUGCUACGGAAAAGACAACAGCGGCCUGACAGAGUCUGAACUUCCUCCAAAUGUCGACCCUCCUGGGAUGGAAGGCAGCUACCUGAACUUAAAGGAGCCCGGCGUGAAGGGGCCGAGCGAACGACCAGGGUCCGACCUUUCCAGCCCUCUGGAGAAAAGCGAGGCAGAGAGCAACAAAGGCAAGAAGAGACGCAACCGCACGACAUUCACCAGCUACCAACUAGAAGAGCUGGAGAAGGUUUUCCAGAAGACGCACUACCCCGACGUUUACGCUCGCGAGCAACUGGCUCUGAGGACGGACCUGACAGAGGCUCGGGUUCAGGUGUGGUUUCAGAAUCGCAGAGCCAAGUGGAGGAAGAGGGAGCGUUUCGGCCAAAUGCAACAAGUGCGCACACACUUUUCCACCGCUUACGAACUGCCUCUUCUCACCCGACCUGAAAACUAUGCACAGAUCCAGAACCCUUCAUGGAUCGGGAGCAGCAGCGGAGCCUCUCCGGUGCCAGGCUGCGUUGUGCCAUGCGAUUCCGUCCCCUCCUGCAUGCCACCUCACCCUCAUGCUCCCGGCGGCGUCUCUGACUUCCUGGGUGUGCCCAGUCCAGGGAGCAGCCACAUGGGACAGACACACAUGGGCAGCCUGUUCGGGGGCGCCGGGCUCGGCGGGGGAAUUAACGGCUACGACCUCAACGUUGAUCCAGAUCGCAAGUCCUCGAGCAUAGCUGCGCUGCGGAUGAAGGCCAAGGAACACAGCGCAGCCAUCUCCUGGGCUACAUGAUGUCCCAGCGCAGACCCGCCCUGGUCCCCUCGAUGGCCUCAUCUCCGGAGCAGCCAUCAGCGAGCACUGAGAAGGAGGAGAGGAUUUUUUUUUUUUGUUUUUUUUUGUCCUGAGAGCACUGAUGAUAACACAGGUCAAAUGAACGGGGGGAGACAGAGGAGAUAAGCUGUGACAAUGAUCAUCAGCAGAUGCUAUAUUAAAGAGAGAGAGACAGCAGCACCCUCUGCACAUAUUCACAUUCCUGAUAAAGACGGGUAACAUGCCUUAAAAAAAUAAUAUGUUACUGUAGUAGCAUGAUCUCACACUUAAAAUGUAAAAAAAACCCCAAAAAAACAACUAAACUUUAAUUUAAGUAACUGUUAAAAAUGAACAGUUUUUUUAGCUAAAUCACCAGUGGUACCACUUAUUACAAUUUCAGCUUUUUUAAGUUGAGCAGAGUGGCUUGAAACUAAGAUGUAGUUAUCGAUGGCGUUCUAUAUAUUUGCACAAUAAUCUGAGAUCACAGUAAAAAAAAAAAAAAAACUCCCCAAAGUUCAUUUAGUGAGCAACAAAUCGCCUUCUGGGGUCCCUAAUUCAUCAUAAGAACCGUUAUAUGCCAUGUAACUGCUUCAAAAAGCCUUUAACAAAUGUUAAUUUGUGUAGUUAAUUGGAACUGGCUGCUUUGGUCAGAUGAGCAACAGACCAAGAUUUUCGGCAACAAACAGUCCAGGUGGAUUUGGUGUGAAAUUAAUAUGUGCAAAAGUACGUACCCCAUGCCUAGUGUUAAGUACGGCGGAGGAUCCGUGAUGUUGUGUUUCUCUUCUAAAGACCCCGGAGCCUUGUUACAAUGCAAGGUAUCAUAGACCCUUUGAAAUAACAGGACCUUUUAAAUAGAAAUCUGAUGUACUUCACCAGAGCACUAAAAAUUGGUUAUGAUUAGGCCUUUCAACAAGAUAAUGAUCCAUAACAUGUGGCCGAUUCACAUGGAAACGGUUCACUUUGGUUCACUUGACACAGAACCAAUCUUCUUACAUGGCGAUCUCAGUCCUUGAGCCUAAAUCCUAAAGAAAUGCUGUAGGGUGAGCUGAAGGAAGGACCCAGGACUCCAAACAAUCUAGAGAGAUUGUGUCAAGAGGAAUGGCCAAAGAUCCCUGUCUGUUUUCUCUAACCUUGUAAAUCUUACAGACGAAUAAGGGCUUUCCUGUGUGGAAAAGGGGGUCGUACAAAGUAUUAAGAUUGGAAGUGACACGGCGUCAAAUUAUUUCCCACUGGAUGGAUGUUCUAUAAUUAAAGAUAGGACUUUUUGGUGUGAGAUUAUGGUACUGCAAUGAAAUUGUAUUUUAAAGCUAUUAACACAUCUUUACAUGAGCGCUGUGUAUAGGUCAUUUAUCUCAGGUCUCAUUGAGGUACAGGGUUUUAUUACCUUUUAACAUGGGGGACAUAUAUCUUUAAUUAGACAAAUAAAAUAGGUUUGAAAUAUCUUUCUGAAAAAGUAUGUAGAAUCGGACCAUGGAUCGGACGUAUCCUAGCGUACAGCAAUGAGCAGGAUUCUUGUCGUUUUCCUCCUUUCUCAUACUUCCAUUUUCAGCUGUCCUGCUGCACUCAUAAUGGAUAUGUCCCCCCCCCCCCCCCUUCAGAUUUUCUCCUCAGACUGCAUAAACCUGUUUAAGUAUGUUUCUAAACAAAGCUGGCAUUUUGUAAGCUGCCUGAGAACCAGUCCGCUCACUGUGAGCGUUCCCAGGCGCGUACACAGGGCCGGACAGUUUAUAUCCUGUCACUUUCUAUUGCAAACUACAAUUAUGACAGAAAACAAUCAUUUUGUCCGAGCCCGUUGUGGGGAGUUCAUCUCCCUGCAGAGAAGGGCA